AUGGCAGGUGAUGUUACUGAACAGCCCAUGCCUGAAGACAAUUUUGAACUUGCUCUCCUUGCUGGCCUUGCAGCUGGGGCUUCAAAGCUACCAACACAUGCUGAUGCAGCAACACAGACAGAAGCAUUGAAAGAAACAGAGACGCCUGGAGUCCUGCAGCUGUUUCUCUCGAUAUGUGACGGUCAGCAUGGUGAAACACAGGUUGAGCACGCUGAUGAGCAUACUGCCAGAACUUCAACAGUUGGGUCAUGGAAAAGGAAGUGCGGCUUUGAAGGCUAUCGAACGCUCACCAGUUCAGAGAAGGCCCUGCAGGAUCUCUGCGGUGUCACCAUGACAGUGUUUUCCAUUCUUCUGAACCUCCUUCCCGAACAACGCCAGAGGGCCUCUGAUGUCUCUCGCGAAGACAGACUGGCUAUACUCCUCAUGAAACUGAAGCUUGGAGUAAGCUUAACGGCAAUAGCAGCACUCUUUGGUGUGACUAAAUCGACAGCAUGCCGUGUCUUCCACACAACAUUGGACCAGCUCAGCGCAGUGACCAGAGAGUGGAUCUUCGUGCCACCGCGUGAAACAAUCAAAGAGACACUGCCACCAUGCUUUCAACGCCACUAUCCAGACUGUACAUUUAUAAUUGAUUAUACAGAGGUCACGACAGAGACUCCUUCUGGCCCUGAACAACAUUACCUCUAUUCGCACUAUAAGGGGGGCUACACGUUGAAGUGGCUUGUAGGGAUCAUACCAAAUGGGGCAGUUGCAUUUCUUUCUAAGCCGUAUGGGGGAAGACAUUCUGAUUCUUUCAUCACACGUGACUCUGGGUUUCUGGCGCAUGUGCUGCCUGGAGACGUCGUACUUAGUGACAAGGGAUUCCCGGCCAUUAAGACCACAUUUGAUGACAAAGGUGCCGUGCUUGUCAUGCCACCGUUUAACACGGGAGGGCGACAACUUUCAGUAGAAGAUAUGGAGACCACUUUUGUUAUUGCUCAGGUCAGAGUACAUGUUGAACGCACCAUACAGAGAUUGAAAUUGUUCAACAUCCUCAACAAUCGUGUGUCACUCACACUUAUACCGCAUAUGGGAAAGAUGAUGCAUAUCUGUGCAUGCCUGGUGAACUUCCAAGCUCCAAUUAUAAACUCGUAA